AUGCUGUCUGGUCGUCGUAAAGACGAAGGCGGAAAGUACCAAUUCUUGAAUCAACAUGAAGAAGCAAGAGAUCCAUUGCUAAGAGUCAGAACCAAAUAUGGUUCCACCGAGCAAGAUGAAACAAGCAGAGCUCUGCAGCUGGAUUCAGACAGCACUAGGCAAGAGGAAAUAGCAAAAGAUGACGAAAUUCCCGACAUGGUUCGUGAGUCUGUUUCCUUGGAAGAUGAUGUGAAUUUGCCGGUGAUCACAUUUCGGUACUUUUUGCUCUCUACAUUAUUUGUCAUUCCUGGAGCCUUCAUCGACACUAUGAAUACCUAUAGAACCACUGCUGCCGCUUAUUCGAUUUUUUUUGUUCAAAUUGCUUGUCAUUGGGCAGGUAAAUGGCUUGCCGAGGUACUUCCUAAAAAGAGAGUUUCAGUCUUCAGAUGGAGUUUCAACUUGAAUCCAGGUCCGUGGUCGAUCAAAGAAACCGCCAUGAUCACGAUAACAGCCAGCAGUGGAGCCACAGGAAAUUUGGCUACCAACGCAAUUUCUUUGGCUGAUUUACGAUUCGGUGAAAAAGUUCAUCCGGUCACUGCAAUUGCAUUCAUGUGGGCAAUUGUGUUUGUGGGCUACUCUUACGGUGCAAUUGCCAAGGAUUUGGUCCUAUACGAUCCUCAGCUUCCUUGGCCCCAGGCACUCAUGCAAACAACCUUACUUCAAACCCAAGAAAAAGCCGACAAAGAUCCCAAACUUGGUGGCAGACGAAUGAAGCUUUUUUUCAUGGUUUUGGGAUCGGUGGCUAUCUGGCAACUCUUCCCGGAAUACAUUUUCCCCAUGACGUCGUCUUUGGCAAUUUUAUGCUGGAUAGCACCAUACAACAAGGUGUUGAAUUUCCUUGGUUCAGGCUUGGGCGGUAUGGGAGUACUCAAUCUCUCUUUAGAUUGGGCUAACAUCAACUCAACAAUCAUGCUUUUCCCUUACUGGGUCCAGGUGAUUCAGUUCAUAGCAUUUGUCAUCGGAGCCUGGAUAUUACUUCCCAUUGCAAAAUGGAGCAGUCUCAUCAGUUACCACCAUGGACUAAUGUCCAACAGUCUUUUCACCACUUCAGGUGAACCAUAUCCUUCUUCUAAGCUAUUGAACGACGACCUUACCUUCAAUCAGAAAGCAUACGAAAAGUAUGGCCCAGUCCUUCUUGGGGCACAAAGAGCAUGGAAUAUUUUCUUUGACUAUGCUGCCUACAUUAGUGGAGUAGUAUGGAUAUUAGCAUUCAGAUAUGACGAAAUCGUGGAGUCUAUCAAGCGGCACCGUGGAUCUAAAAAAAUUGUUCAUACUGACACAUUGAACAAAUUGCAAAAUAGAUAUGAUCCAGUACCCAAUUCAUGGUACCUCAUACUUUUCACAGUUUCGUUUGUCACGUUGAUGACCAUCUUCUUGUCAGGUCAAAUGUUCAUGCCUUGGUGGUGCUGUAUAAUUGGCUUAGUAUUGGGUGCUAUAAUUGUCACUCCUCUUGCAUGGCUCUACGCCUUAUCGAAUUUCCAGCUAGCCAUUGGAACUUUCAAUGAGUUGUUUUAUGGGUACUUGAUUCAAGGACAAGCCAAAAUACAUCCUGUUAGUGGAGCCGUCUUUGGUUCAAUUGCCGGGGAUGCUUGGUACAGAGCACAAUUUCAUCUCCAGUGUAUGAGAAUUGGCUUCUACAACCACUUACCACCAAAAGCAGUUUUUCUUUGUCAACUUUACGGAGAGCUUAUAGGAGUGCCAAUAAACUACUUGGCAGUCAGGUGGGUGCUCAAUACGAAGAGAGCGUACUUGGACGGUACUAAGGUUGACCCGCUUCAUCAAUGGACCGCUCAAGGGAUAACAUCGCUCCAUUCAAAUGCAAUCCAAUAUGUUGUCUUGGGACCCUCAAGAUUAUUUGAAAAUUAUAAAUGGCUUCCCUAUGGCUUUUUACUUGGUUUAGUAGGUCCCUUGACGAUCUUUGCGUUGUAUAAACGUUUUCCUAACAGCAAGUUGAAUUUUCAGUUGUGGAACACUACUGUUUUCUUUUCGAGUAUGACAGUCUUCUAUGGAAACAUUUCUACUGGAUACUUGUCGAAGUUUUUGGGAGGAACAGUGACAGCAUUCUGGGCAUUCCAUUACCAUCAUUCGCUCUGGCAGAAAUAUAAUUAUAUUAUGGCUGCAGCAUUUGACACGGGAUACAAUCUUGCAGUAUUAAUUAUUUUUGCUUUGUACUCAGUGGGGUUGGUUAUGCCAAAUUGGUGGGGUAACAAUGAGAAAAGCGUCGAACGGUGCUUUGCAUUGUGA